AUGAUUGGGCCGGAAGCUGCCGCUGGCGGGAGUAGAACAGUGAGCAGCACUGUGAACAGCAGCAAUGUGUACAUGCUCUGGUGUGGAUGUGGAUGCCUAAGGAAGCGACCUGGUUAUGGUGGAGUGUACGAGGAUGGCAGAGGCAGUGAAGAGGACAGUAAGGGUUGCAAGACUACAAAAAAGGGCGUGAGAUCUGGGAUCGCGGGUGCAUGCCAGUGGCAGAGGACUGGGGGAGGCCGGCUGCCUGAGGAGCCACAGGUCACGGGGAGCUGUGGCUAUGUUGAUGAUGUAGGUGCCGACCAUUUUAGCGACCUUGGGAGCUCUGCAGCUGUGGUUUUGUCAGUUGGACAUGUUAGUAUUGAUGAAAGUGCAACUUUGAUGCAAUAAAGUGUGUGAUUGUGGUGGUUGCGU